UCUUUCCCAACUCGGAUCCCCUCUCGCAUCGCACGCGAGCCGCGUCUUCCUUCUUCUAGGGUUAGGGUUCCGUUCCGCCACGGCCAUGGACCAGCCUGCGGCGGCGGCGGCGGCGAGGAGGUGGGUGCAGUGGGAGGAGGUCGUGGUGUCGAACGACCGCGGGCGGCGCCUGGUGCACUACUACCUCCGGGGGGCGGGCAGGGGCGCCGGGGAGGAGGAGGGGGAGGGGGAAGGGGAGGGGGAGGUGAGGGUGCUGGCCGUGGUGGGGCGGGAGAGGAGCCCGCGGCACAUGUCGUACGUGGUGCAGGGGCGGUUCCUGCGGGCGCUGGUUGGGGCCGGGGCGGCGGCGCUGCCGGCGCCGGCGGAUGGGGAGGGGCCACCGAGGAAAUGGCGGUCGAGGCGGGAGGUCGUGGACUGGCUGUCCUCGCUCGUUUCCGGAUGCAGUAACGGCCCUUCAUUAAUGGCUAAUAGGUUCAACGAAAAUCCAUAUGAUGACAUUGAUUUUACUGAUGUUGCUGCUUCAAAGGAUGUUUCACCUAUUUCAUUAGGGAGGAACAACUCCAAAGAAUUUACAUGGUUGGGUCCUGCAUCGCUUUGUCAAAAGCAAUGGAAGCAUUAUAGAUCUUUCUGUCGUAGGGGCAUUACUAUUUCGGUGCACAAUUUUGUCUACAUCCUGAGUGAAGAGAAGAAGAGGUUAAUUGCCCAAGUGGAGGAUCUGUAUCAAGAUACUAAUUCAAUCAACAUGGUCAUGGUACGAUGGUUUGACAAAGUUGAUGAGGUUGGUGUCGAAUUGCCACCCGAUGUUGGUGAGAGAGAGAUUUUCUUUUCCCAUGGUUUGCAACAUCUCAGUGUUGAAUGCAUUGAUGGAUUGGCUGCAGUCCUGAGUGCUCAGCACUUUGAGAAGUUUCUGAGUCGCCCUAGACAUAGCUAUUGGGUGCCUUAUAUUUGUCGCCGACAGAUUGAUGAUGAUGGCGUCAAACCUUUUGAUGUAACCCAACUGCAAGGUUAUUGGAGUCAAGAAGUGCUUAGGACCAUGUUCAAUGCAGCUUCUUCUCUUAAGGUGCGUUUCAAGGUCACUAGAGGUGCUUGUAGUUCAGAUGGGGUGCAAAAGAGGAAGCGUGAUGCAUUCAGUGAUACUGAUCUGCAGCAGUGUCUUCCUUCUGCUGAGUUUGGUUCUGAUAGUCUCAAGAAUGGUUUGGAACAUAAAACUCAAAACCAGCUAUAUCCUGGUAGCCAUGCUGAAGUCCUAUCACAGGAUAGUGGUAUAAGGGGCUGUUGGUUUAGAUGCCUUGUCCUAAAGAUGCGUGGAGAUAAAAUCAAGGUCCGAUAUGAAGAUCUUCAGGAUGCUGAUGAGACAGGACAUCUGGAGGAGUGGGUUUUGCUAACAAGGAUCGCUAAACCUGAUCAGUUGGGCAUACGCAUCUCUGGAAGACCAAUGGUGCGGCCAUAUCAUGUACAACAUAGCAAGGGCCCAUGCUCCUUUGAUGUUGGGACAGUUGUUGAUGCAUGGUGGAAUAAUGGAUGGUGGGAGGGGAUUGUGUUGCAGCAGGGAAAUGACAGACGCCUUCAAGUUUAUUUUCCUGGAGAAAAGCGAAUAGCUGAUUUUUGUGAAGAUGAUUUGAGGAAUUCACUUGAGUGGGCUGGGGGCAAAUGGAAUUCUCUGGGGGAACGGAAAGAUAUCAUACAUCUGUUGCCCCGUACUGCAGUGGAUGAAAAGGGAAGUUCGAUUAGCAAACUUGUUUCCCGAGACUCCUCUCCAAAACAAGAAUCUGACAAGGGGUGUGAUGACAAAUCUGUGGGCAAUAAGAUUCACAACCAGAAGCAUCAGAAGCGUGUUCUGGCUGAUCUCACAAAUGCCCUGAAAUUCGAUAACCUGAAAUGGAGGCCAAGAAAGCGGAGUAGAAGAUCUGGUUCAAAAAAACAGUCGGACACUAGCAGCGGCAGCAGCAGCCAAGGUGACCUGGAGGAGUCCAGUCCCUGUGGAAGAUUUUCUGUUCUUAAUUCAGUACCUGAUGAAGAAGUAUGCAAGAGCAGUGGAGAACCUCUUUUCAUGAGGGUAUCCAACCUGGUGAUGUCCAGAUGAAAUGCAGACUCGACGACUGACAUGUUUUUAGCCUUUUCUUUCCGGAUUUCAAGCCUUGGCGAGAUGUGAGUUUGAUGCAUCCCCAGGUUAUAGUCACAACUGGGAUACUGGUCCAUCUUGAGAGCUCUGAAAGCUUAUUCGCUUGGAUGUUCAGGAUGCAAGCACGGAGGAGCACACUGUUGUAUUUAUGACUGAUCUAGAUAAGUUCUACCAUUCUGGUUCA